CAGGUUCCCUGCCAGGGCACCGGCCUCAAUUAGCCUUCAACUAGCCCGCUGUGAUUCACCACUAGGCCUGACAAACGCACCGGCACUCAGUCCGGGUAAAAACGAAGGCAAGACGGAAAUUACCAAUUCAUCGUUUUCAGAGACGGACUUAACCGACAAUUGGCGGAAAUCCCCGAACUCUCCCGGCCGUCUGUUACGGAGCAUGGAAGCCGCCGGUUCGAAUCCCGGUGAUGACCCUUGCUGCGGGCUGUGCCUGGCUAAGGUAGUCCCCUCACACUCUGCCCAGCACGCUGCCACUCUACGUUUUUUUUGCUCCGUGCCUUGCUACCGCGAACACGGCUCCUGCGCCCAGGACUUUCAGCGCCGGGAGUUGCAACUCCUGCUCCAGGGUCAGCGGGAGGACCCGGCCUCGCAACGCCGCUUGAGGGAGGCCCUUCUUAGGCUGCAGGAGUUGCGCGAGCCCGGGGAUGCGGAUCUCCAGCUAGGCCUCGACCCCAGUUUGGAGCAGACAGAACUCGAGGAGCUGUGGGAGCAGCUGAGCCUGGAGCAAAGAAAGCGUUUCCAGCGAUUGCUGGACAGUGGGGAGAUCUCGUCUCUCCUGCCCCUUUGGAAGCCAUGGUGGACGGGGAGCGACCGGGGUGCAAUGCUGAUUCAAGAAUUGGGGGAGGCCCCUACAGGGCCCGGGACCCUCCACGCCCCUUUGCAACAACCGGAAUCCUCCCAGGGCACUGCAGCCGUGCAACACGCUCAGACUCCGGUGCAUUUGCAAGAGAUCCCUGCAAGUGGUCCAAACCCUGCACAGCCGGCGGGUGCCUCGACCUCAGCGCCUCCGGUGCCCACUACCAUCCCUCCUCUGAGCAGCUUGACCCGUUUGCCCGUCUCACCCCUGGUGCGCUUCCAGGUGCCCAACGUGCUGUGCGCCUAUGCCUAUUCCCUGGCGCUUUACAACGGCGACGUGGAAGAGGCCCAGCUGCUGCCUGAGUUUUGUGAAACGGUUCUGGACCCUCUCAGUCUCUGGGGCCCUAAAGGGCAGGGCUUCGGAUCUCACGGCGGGAGGCCUUACAAGCGGCUCUUGCAGGCUAAGUUACCGCGCGGGCGAUACCCCGAAUGCCUCCUGGGGAACGCCGGGGUGAUGGCAGCAGUGGCCCAGAUCUUAAUGGGAGAAUGCCAAGCCAAGCAAAAGGGGUACAGCUUAGCCGCCCUCGCCCAUCUAUCCCGGCUGCUGAGCAAGGGGAAGAGGCGGGUGCCUGCCCAGGAUCAACCCAGGCUGUUCUCUGCAAAGAAAAAGUGCGACUUUCUUUUGUCCUGGGUGAACGACAAUGAAGGGGAGCUCACCCUCCUGGCUUUGGAGGUGCAGAGAGAAUACAAGGCCCACCUGGAUGCGAUCAAGGAGGUGGGAGCAGUCACCCAGGAGCUGGAGAAGAUGUGGGGGGCCAAAGUGCCUCCCCCCAAAAAGACCUUGAUAGAAGAAUUGGAUUGAAAGGCUAGACUGGAGUCUUGGAACUGGUGCACCAGCUACCUUGGGUGGAGAGUAGAUUCUCCCUGCUGGAGAUCGGAUUAGGGUUUGAGCAGGAAACAGACUAAAAUUCCUGUGCAUCAGGGUAAAUUCUGGAUUAGUCGCAAGCACAGAUCAGCUCCAACUGGAACAGAUUAGUUCUCUUCCAGGGAAGGGAAUAUUUUGAAUCAGAGGGUGUCUGGCGUUUUGAGAAGUUGGAGACUGUGAUAACAUUUCAGCUUGCUUGCUAAACUGCCUGUUUUCUUUUGGGAUUUCUUUUAACCUAAUCAAACCACUCCAAUUGUGAGAGAUUAGUAAAUGUAUCAAGAGUACACUCAGUGAGUGGUGUUCAAAUAAUGAAGAGGGCUUUUUAGACCCUGAUUUUCUCUACCUUUUAAAGAGGCUCACGAUCGCCUUCCCUUCCCUUUCUCACUUGAACCCUUAAAACCAGCCAAAUAGCAUUGGUGUAUUUUUUUUCCUGAUGGUUUGAAUCAGCCCCUGCUUUGAAGAGCUUUCAGUCUAAAAUGGGACUGUGGAAAGAAAACCUCAGAACUGCCCAUGUCCCCAAAGAAGCCAAAAAUACUCUUGAGAAGCUCUGUGUUUGGUUCCUCAGCACACUUGGUUGGUAGGCUUCUUCCAAACACAUGGGUUCUAUUCAUAGCUCACUAUUAAAAUCAUAUAAAUAAUUCAAACUUUAAAUUAUUGUUGGUUUUAAAAUCAGCAGAGAGCACACUAUUGCACAGCAGAUGGAAAAGCAACCAGAGGAAAGUCUUUACCAAUGUGCAAUAUUGAACUUGAGUCGUCAUUCUUGCUGUGUGAAGAGGGAUAUCUCCCUUCACUGUCUACUUCCCCUCCCAAUAACAUUAUUGGCUAAAGUGAUUUCAGGGAAAAAAAAUAGACUUCACUGCAUCUGGGCUGAAGCAUUUUAAUAAAUUUUAUUCAAAUAAAUACUACUCAACCUCCCUUCUCAAAAACUUCCAGGGUAAUAAGCCUGUUAUUCCUAACCCAGCCUGGCUCUAGUAAGUAUACAAACCCUAUUUGAUCUUCACUCCAGGUCAUGUUUGACUUAGUUUCUGUUCUGCCAAAAAACUGUUGUGCCGUGAAUCCAAACAUUAUUUUGAGAUUCUUCCCCCACUGUUCCUUCAGUAUAUUUUUUGGGAGCAAUGAGUUUCUUACAUGCGUAAGUAAGCCUCCACUCGGGGGUUAAAAUAAAAUGGCAUCUAUUUUCUGCAAAUAAAUUUUCUGGAAAACUUGGCAAAUCA